AUGUUUACAUGCCCCCCUCCCAUGCCCUCCCGUACCCCUCCCAUGCCCUCCCAUGCCCCUCCCAUGCCCUCCCAUGCCCUCCUAUGCCCCUCCCAUGCCCUCCCAUGCCCUCCCAUGCCCUCCCAUGCCCUCCCAUGCCCUCCCAUGCCCCUCCCGUGCCCCUCCCAUGCCCUCCCAUGCCCUCCCAUGCCCCUCCCAUGCCCUCCCAUGCCCUCCUAUGCCCCUCCCAUGCCCUCCCAUGCCCUCCCAUGCCCUCCCAUGCCCCUCCCAUGCCCUCCCAUGCCCUCCUCUGCCCCUCCCAUGCCCUCCCAUGCCCUUGCAUGCCCUCCCAUGCCCUCCCAUGCCCUCCCAUGCACCUCCCGUGCCCCUCCCAUGCCCCUCCCAUGCCCCACCCGUGCCCCUCCCAUGCCCCUCCCAUGCCCCUCCCGUGCUCAUAAAAAAACCUGCAACCCCCUCACCCUUUUCGACCUGCAAACGGCUCGCAUGCAGUUUGAGCAGGCGCGCUUCAACCUUAUGACAGCGCUGAGCAGUGCAGAGGCGAAGAAGAAGCACGUGUUCCUCGAGUCCAUCGGCUCUGCUGUGCACGCCCACCUGCGCUACUUCAAACAGGGCUACGAGCUGCUGCAAGCAGUGGAGCCGUACAUCCAUCAGGUGAUUCUCCAGGGUGCUGUGUCAGGUCAAGGGGCGGAUUGUUUGGCUACGGAGCUAGCAGAGCGCAUUUACCAGUUCCGGCGCACACAGGAGGAGGAGAGCGCGCAGCUAGAAGCCGCCCACACACACGCGCAGGCACAGGCGCUGGCGCACGCACAGGGGCGGGGGGGCGGCGGGCGCAUGUCAGGGGCUGGUCUGGCGGGUGCAGAUGGGGCGGGGGGCGGGGAGGGGUUUGGGCAGGGCCGCGGGCCGUAUAGGCCAUCAGGAGGAGUGACUUCGAGCAGUGUGGAGCAGAUGAUGAGGGCUGGUGCAGGCGGGCAGAAGAAGGUGCAGGUGAUCAAGCAGGGGUACCUGGUGAGGCGCACUGCUGCUGCCCGCUCGCGCCACUUCUUUGUCCUCGAUUCAAGGGGCUCCCUUUACUAUCACAAGGAUGCUCAGAAUGCCCGCUCCGACACGCUCUCCUCGCUCUUCUCCCUCGUCCGCGCUCGCACCACCGACGCCACCCCUCCCGCCCCGCCGCCCGCCAACCCCAUGGCCCAGCACUACCGCCCACUCGGCCUGGGCGGCAGGGGCGGCAGCGGGCACGGGGAAGAGGGGGGAGACGACCAUAGCACAGACGCAAUGGGCAUGGGGGGAAUGGGGGCGGGGAUGGGGGGCAUGGGGAUGGGGAUGGGGGAGGAGGAGGAGCGGAACCACGCGCUGCAGUACGAGUCGCUGAACCUGCUGACUGCCACCAUCAAGAUGGACGCUGAUGAGCCCGACCUGCGCUUCUGCUUCCGCCUCGUCACCCCCGACUGCACGCACACACUGCAGGCGGAGAGUGCGGCGGAGCAGAGGGACUGGAUGGAGAAGAUCACAGCGGUCAUUGCCUCGCUGCUCAACUCCCACACCACCGCCCAGCCAGCGCCAUCAGUGGUGGACUUGACCAUUUCCCACCGGGCAGCAUCGCAGGAAGGGCAGGCAGCAGCACUGCCCAUAGUGGAGCGACCACUGGAGGUGCUGGGCUAUGUGAGCGGCAACGACCGCUGUGCGGACUGCAGCCGGGCGCACCCCGAUUGGGCGUCGCUCAACCUCUGCGUGCUGCUCUGUAUCGACUGCUCCGGCGUGCACCGCAACCUGGGCGUGCACCGCUCAAAGGUGCGAUCGUUGACACUAGAUGUGAAGGUGUGGACGGCACCGCUGGUGCGGCUGAUGGCCAUAGUGGGCAACGACUUUGCCAACAGCGUGUGGGAGCAGCAGCUCAAGGACGUUCAGGGGGGGAGAGAAGGGAAUGCAGGCUCUUCAGGCCAUGCCCUGACACGAGUGGAGAGCGGGGAGGGCGAGGGAGAGGACUACAUCCUAUUGGCCAACGAUGGAGGGGCGUCAAUGCUCGCUUCAGCAGCAGCAGCACCUGCUGUGGUGCACAAGCCAGCAGACACGGACUCGCUGGCAGUGAAAGAGCAGUACAUUCACUGCAAGUAUGUGGAGCGGCGUUACCAAGCGCCCGCCACCGACAACCCCUUGACCGCGCUGCACCACCUGCAAGCAGCUGUUGCCUCCUGUGACGUGCGCUCCGCCUUCCGCCUCCUCGUCACCGCGCCCGUCGACGUCAACGCUGACGUGGUCGGGGUCGUCGCCAGCACGGCGCCAGCUGGACCGGGGACCACAAGAGGCGGUGCGGGGAGAACGGGGCAGAGGCUGCUGCAUGUGGCGUGUGAGAGGGGAGACGAGGCGAUGGUGGAGCUGCUGCUGCUGUGGGGGGCAGUGGUGAAUGUGACCGAUGCUGAGGGCCGGACGCCCAUGCAAGUGGCGCUGCAGCAUGGCAACCAUGGAUGCUCCAAGCUGCUUGCUAGCAG